GAGGAACCUCAACUCAGUCGCAAAAUCCCCUCUAAAAUGUAUGCGCAAAUUUUCGCUUUCGGCUCCUUGGCCUCUCUGGUACUUUGCGUCACCGGAGCUCCAACCGUCCUUCCGUCUGGCGAGCAUCAGAGUGAGGAGGAACUCUUCCCAAGCAUUUCCCCGGUUUGGGAGUCGGUUUUGGGUAUCGCUAAAGACCACAAGAAAGAUUUUGAAGAUGAAUUUGGAAAUAAUGUCAAGUAUCAUCAGCUGGAGAACUACAAAGUACCCCAGAUGCCAGCAAGCUGCCCCAUCUCCAACUUCAGCAUGGAGGCUUGCCUGCACAGGCUAGCUCAAGGUUUGACCAUCUACACAAACCUCCUAAAGGACGUGGAGAAGGUCUAUCCAGGCCAAAGAAUCCUGUCCGAGGCCAAACACUACACUGGACUCCUGCUCAGGCUCUUUAAACAAAAGAUGAAAAAGCCAGAAGAGUUCACAGUUUCUAACAGCAGCCAAACGGAGAACGUAUCGACGUUACUGGACAACAGAGAUGAGUUCCAAAGAAAGAUGACGGUGAAUUCCAUCUUGCGGCAGCUCUUUAUUUUCCUGGUUGACGGGAAACGGGUGCUCACCAAGAAAGAGAGGCGCAGGGGGAGACACCCCAAAGUCACUAUGUUUCAUAUGCUUUAGUCGUCACACAUUGGCGAAACACGUCAAAAUUGGGAAAAUCUCAAGUUUUGAGGUGUCGUAAUCACUAGUUUUGAAUGACUCAUGGAGAAUUUUCAGUAUUUAUUGCCACAGACCAAUUGCGGUCUAAUAACUAUUUAUUAAUGUAAUUAUUUUAUAAGGAUUUUGCUCAUAUUUAUACAGUUUUGUAUUUAA